AGGGGAUUCGACCGUGGGGACCUGCAGAAUCUUAACUUUUUGAGCAAUUUUCUAAUAGGGACACAACCUUUUGGCAAUUAGAAGAUAUAAGAGAAGGUAAGUAUGAACAGACAGAAAAAGCAGUAAAUUCUUUCAAAAAAGAGAGCUCCAUAACAUCCCAAGCUCUCCAUUGAACCACUCAUAACCCAGUGAAGAAGAAGAAGAAGAAACCAUGGCGAUAGGAAAAGACAGAACAGGAAUUUGAAAAAUGGGAUUUGCAAGUAAGAUACACAGCAGUACACGAUUAUAUGCUUGUCGGUUGUUUAACAAAAAAUGGAAGUCUAAAUACUAAUUUAACACAUUUAAUACCAAACAGCUGAUAGAACACAAGAGAGAGAAGGAAAAAACAGGACACCCAGAAGAGGAUAAUGAGAAAAGACGAUUGUUUUUAUCGUCUUGUUUUGGUGAUAGAGAGAAAAAGGCAGCCAUGAUGGGUCAAAAAAGGAGAUAGAAAGAAACUGAUGAAGAUUAGUCAAUGGGGUCAUUAGGAAAAAGUAAAAUCCAAACUUAAUCAAAGCUGUUAAUGGAAAUGAGGGUGGGUUUGUUCCAAAAUAGGCUUCAAUUUUAAUGGAAAUGACAGCCCCACCAUUGUACAUUUUCAGGGGGACCUACUGUUGUCGCACAUCCAAACGUUUGUCGCUUUAGAUAUCAUCCAUUCUUCUUGAUUUCCCCAUUGUUCUUGCCAACUGGCAUCUCUGAUGUGUCCACAAACAGAUAAAGGAAGCAAAAACCAAAAGAUAAAACGAGGGAUAAACUAAGUCCAGGACUUUAGUGUGAUUGUUUUGGUCCCUUUUUCCCCUCUUCAAUAGAAAUGCCACAACGCAGAGAAAGAGAAGAUGGAAAUUUUUGUUAUAUAAACAAUCCAAUUUCCAUCGCCUCUUCUGCUACCUGAUACCAAAAAUUCCCUCAAAGCCUAACCACUGAAUUGCCACCAUGAAUGAUUGGUCUGCUACACAUUAUUGCAGUGGAGGUGAAUCAGGUUGGACUAUGUACUUAGACCAAUCCUAUACUUCAGACCAUCGUUUCGGCGGCGGGGUUGAUGGGGUAAAGGAAGCAAAAGCAAGAGCAGAGGAGGCGGAUGAAGAAGAUCUAUCAAUGGUGUCUGAUGCUUCCUCAGGUCCACCACAUUACCUUGAGGACAACGAAGAAUUGUUUUACAAUAAUGGGUAUUCUUCCUAUGCCUAUUCAGCUUCAGAUUCAACAAUAAAUUGCAGCAAGGAGGAGAAAAAGAAGAGCAAGAAAAGCAAACAAAAUGGCAGAAAUCAGCAACCUUCUUACCUUGAUGACACUGCUAGCUCCCCUGUAUAUGGCUACGGCAAAGCAAGCAAAAUCAAGGCAGCAACAAGCAACAAAGCUUCGGAGGAGAAUCCAGUUGAUUUUUCUCAGGGAUUCUCAGCAACCCACUUUAAGAGAAAAUCUGCACUGAGGAAACAAAAAUCAGCGCCAGAAGAAUAAGGGUAUUAGCGAUUCCGCCGCAGCUUCCGAUGCCCUUUUUGGGCCGUCAAGUAAAUGACAACGACAUGUUAUAGAAAUCAGAGGGAUAUUGUUCCUUUUAUUAUUAUUAUUAUUAUUAUUCUCAAUUUAAUUUCCCCCCAAUGUUUUAGGCUGUGUUGGCUUCUCUUUUCCACGUUCUUGUCAAGGCAAUGGGAAA